GGGAAUGACAGUGGAUACGCGCGCGCGUGGGCGUCGACACACCUGGGGAACUACGCGAACGCGCAACCCGCGCAGCCGUCCGUCCGUCUUCUCCCCGCGAGGUCCCGCGGAGUGAAACGCGCGCAGCAGCAUGUACACGACGGAGCGCCGGAGAAUGAGCCUGCACGACCAGCGCCGGAAAGACCCCGUGCGCGUGUCCGCCGGCAGCCUGUGGCAGGACGCCUCGGCCGUGGACCCGAGCGGCGCGGGGAAACCGCUCACCUCCCCGCGCAGCCGGACCCGCGCCGUGUCCGUGGCCUACAUCGUGAACGAGGACGCGUCGGAGCCGCGCGGCGAGGAGAACUUAACCGUGGACUGCUUGAAGGAGGCGUGCGCCGACGCGCACGCGCUUUUCAAAACUAUUUCGUUCGAGAGAAUAUCGUUGGGCGCCACAGACAUUCUGGAUAGUUUCUACAACGCAGAUGUGGCCGUGGUGGAGAUGAGCGACUCCUUGUGCCAGCCUUCCCUUUACUAUCACCUGGGAGUGAGAGAAAGUUUCAGCAUGACCAAUAACAUCAUCCUCUACUGUUACAAGCAGGACAGUGACGUGCAGGCGCUCAAGGAGCAGUGCGGCACGUACACGUUCAUCCCGUACGUGGUGUCGCCUCAGGGCAAAGCGUUCGCCUGCGACGCCACGAUCAUGAUGAGCGGCAUCAAGGACCUGAUGCAGCCCAGCUUCCAGCUGGAGCCCCUGCUGACCCCGCUGGUGGAGAGGAUGGUGCAUCUGCUGAACAAUGUGCAAGUUCAGUCCAGCGAGUACUUCCAGGAGUCCAUCAGGCACGAGAUCCGUACGGCGCGGGAGCGCUUCAGCGGCCGAGCGCUCAGCGAGGAGUUGAGCCGCAUCCAGAAACGACUGGACAGCGUGGAGCUGCUCACCCCCGACAUAGUCAUGAAUCUGCUGUUGUCCUACAGGGACAUCCAGGACUACGACGCUAUAAUCAAACUGGUGGAGACGCUGAACGACCUGCCCACGUGUCUGGUAGCAAAACAUCAGAACAUCAAAUUUACCUACAUAUUUGCUCUAAACAGGAGAAACAAGUCAGGCGAUCGCGCCAAGGCCUUGGAGGUCAUUCUUCCCAUCGUGGAGUCCGGGGUCAAUGUGGUGUCGGACAUCUACUGCCUGUGUGGACGCAUCUACAAAGACAUGUUCAUGAGCUCCGGCUUCACGGAUCAGGGCAGCAGAGACCAGGCCUGCUACUGGUAUGGGAAGGCCUUUGAGACGGAGCCAACCCUUCACUCGGGCAUCAACAACGUGGUCCUCCUGAUGGUCGCUGGACAUGAAUUCGACACUUCCAUCGAGCUGCGCAAAACCGGUGUGACUCUGAGCACCCUGCUGGGUAGAAAGGGAAGUCUGGAGAAGAUGAAGAACUACUGGGACGUCGGCUUCUACCUCGGAGCGAACAUCCUCGUCAACGAGCAUCGGAAAGUCACCGCGGCCUCAGAAAAACUCUACAGGCUGCAGGCCCCGGUCUGGUACGUGGCGUCCAUCAUGGAGACCUACAUCCUGUACCGGCAGUUUGCAAAGCUACCUGAGGUGAAAUCCGCUAAACAGGACACCAUGGACUUCUGGAUGGAGCUGCUUCUGCAGGCCUGUAAACCCACUGACUCCACAGGCCGCUGCCCAGUGCUCAUUCUGGAGCCCAGCAAAGUCCUCCAACCAGCUAUUGUGUGUGUGAGCGAGGAGGACCAAAGUCGCACCGUCCAGCUGGAACACGUCACGCCCUUAGAGAAAGGCUUACACCAGUGGACUUUCCCGGCCUCUGCAAUUCGAGGAGUGAGUGCCUCAAAGAUUGAUGAGCGGAGCUGCUUCCUGUACGUCCACUUCAACUCGGAUGACUUCCAGCUCUGCUUCCCCUCUGAGCUUCACUGUAAAGGCUUCUGCGAGCUGGUGAACUCCCUGCUUCAGCUGGCUCAGCAGCCCGACCGGGACCAGGACCCUGUGGCUGAGGGAAUCCCAGAGUACAUCUACGAGACCAACGACAACGGCGACAAGGUGGUCUUGGGCAAAGGGACCUACGGGGUGGUGUACGCUGGGAGGGACCAGAGCAACCACGUGCGCAUCGCCAUCAAGGAAAUCCCAGAGAGGGACCGCACGUACUCGCAGCCCCUUCACGAGGAAAUCGCUCUGCACAAGAGGCUCAAACACAGGAACAUUGUUCAGUACCUCGGCUCCGUCAGUCAGAAUGGCUUCAUCAAGAUCUUCAUGGAGGAAGUACCUGGAGGAAGUUUGUCCUCCCUCCUGCGCUCCAAGUGGGGUCCCCUGAAGGACAACGAGGCCACCAUCACCUUCUACACCAAACAGAUCCUGGACGGACUCAAGUACCUUCACGACAAUCAGAUAGUCCACAGGGACAUCAAGGGGGACAAUGUGCUGAUCAACACGUACAGCGGCGUGCUGAAGAUCUCUGACUUUGGAACCUCGAAGCGCUUAGCAGGGAUCAACCCCUGCACGGAGACAUUUGCUGGAACUCUCCAGUACAUGGCCCCGGAGAUCAUAGACCAGGGGCCUCGGGGUUACGGGAAGCCGGCCGACAUCUGGUCCCUGGGGUGCACUAUUAUAGAAAUGGCAACAGGCAAACCGCCCUUCCAUGAGCUGGGAAGUCCUCAGGCAGCAAUGUUCAAGGUGGGCAUGUUCAAGAUCCACCCCAAGGUUCCGGAGUGCAUGUCGGACGAGGCGAAGGCCUUCAUCAUGAAGUGCUUUGUGCCGGAACCCGACGACCGAGCCUCCUCCGCCGAGCUGCUGAGCGACCCCUACCUCCGGCCGUCCCACAGGAAGCGGGCCAAAGCGCCGCAGGAGUCGGAGCCCGUGGAUCACGUCUCUGCCGCGGACUACCAGCGCAGCCUGUCCGUACCCAUCUCCAUCCUGGUGGAGGACACGGACUCGUACUCGGGUUCCAUCGACCUGUCCUAUUCGCUGGACCUCAGGAGGCACCAGCCCCUCCGCGGGGCGGAUGACUACUCCGGGAGCCCCCCCAGCACCUGCAGCCUGUUGUCAAUACCAGAGGACCCGUCGGACAUGAGCAGUCCCGCCUCGGCAGAUGAGAACAUGGGUCUUUUUAUGCUGAGAAAAAACAGUGAGCGGAGAGCCACGCUGCACCGAGUCCUCACCGACUACAUCAGCCUCGUCGUCUCUAACAUACUGGAGUCCGUCCCUCCGCAUGACAGGGGGACAGCGCUGACCGCGGACAACAUCACGGAGCUCAUCAGCUGCCUGCGGGACAACAUCCACACCCCCGACCGGAAGCAGCUGUCCGGCCGCCUCCAGGCGCUCCGGGCCGCCAUGCGCUCUGCCGCAGUGUCGCCCAGCAGCCUGCAGGCCGUGCUCUUCAGCUUCCAGGAUGCAGUGAAGAAGGUGUUGAGGCAAGAGCAGGUGAAACCUCACUGGAUGUUUGCCCUGGACAAUCUGCUGAGGCAGGCCGUGCAGGACGCUAUCACUGUGCUGCUACCAGAGCUGAAACUCCAGCUGCAGUCCUCGUUUGAGACGGAGGACAGCAAUACUGAGGAGCAGUGUGCUGACCCGGACACCCCUGUGGUUCUUGUCCCCGACGGGGUGUUUUUGCCCGAUGACGCGGAGCAGACGGCGUCCACGUGUGACGUGGAAAGACCCGACUCGCCCGCAGACAGCAGCAGCUCCCUCAGCGAGAAACUGAGGGAGCUGCGGCUCGAGACGGGCAGACUUCUAAGUCAGCUGAAUGAGAAGGAGAGAGAAUAUCAGCAGCUGCUGAGGAACUCUGUCCAGAGGAAGCAGGAGCAGAUAGAUGCACUGAGGAGAGCUGAAGUCACUGAGGGCGGAUGUGCACCGGCCACAGAGAACAGCUCCGAACCAGAAGCCAAGGCUUUGGUGGACUGGCUCAAUUCCCUCCCCGUAGAUCAAAACACCAUCAAUAAGUUGCUCGCUCAUGACUUCACCUUGGACUGUCUCCUGUACGUUGCCUCCAGGGAAGACUUGAUGUACUGUGGAAUAAGAUGUGGCAUGCUGUGCAGAAUCUGGGCGGCGAUCAGCGCCCGUAGGAAGACCCCGCUGAGGACACACAAUGAGGACAGCGAGGACACUCUCCUCUAACGGCUGCUGGUGUUGUGCGCGAAAGGACAGUAUUAUCGGGAGGACCGUCUCUGCAGGGACAAAAAGCGGGAUACGUUCCGGUUGCCUUGUCGGACACUGAUAUUUGUAUUUUUCCCCAGAAGAUAUCGAACAUUUCUUCUGGUUUUAGGUGCAGUUAAAAUGUUAAGUCAGAUGCUAUUUUUUUUACAUUUUCUCAGGGCUUUGGCUAAUGAGACAACUGACAACCGACUUAACGUCUUUAGGGUACUGAUUUAUCUACAAACAGACCGAUAAAUAUGCCGUGUGUAUCUAUGAUUGUGUAAUGUAGCCUUCUGGUGACUCUUUUUAACGGUGUUUUACAGAAAACUUUAAGUUAUUAUUAUUAUUAUUGUACUGGGCGAAAACCAGGUUAAUUUUUACUAUGAAUGCUGUCAAAACCCCUUCAGAGAAUAAACAAAAACCUUCGAUCUCUUAGAGAGGCCUUUUAUCUGCACGUUUGCUUGUAGAAGAGAGCGCGUGAUGUGGGCUGGAACAAGUGAUGAGGUGGUGAACGGUCUUAAAAUUCCACACGUGUUCCCUCAUCUGUUUUCACAGUGUUGACGUCUCCUUAGAAACGACUGUGUGUGUGUGUGUGUGUGUGUGUGUGUGUGUGUGUGUGUGUGUGUGGAUCUGUGUGCCAGUGCAGUUUUUGCUUUUCGAAUGUCCGACAUUCUUCUCCUGAAUAAUUUAGUUCCAUCCUCACUUUUCUCAAGUAUUGAGUUCGGAAGUUGGGCUUCAGUUGCUGUAGGAAAUAAGCGUGGAGGCAAAGCUGAGAAUCGGGGCGUUUGGAGAUGGGGAACAAUAGUUGUGCACAUGUGAUCUGUAAUUCCCGAUGAGUUGUGGUGACCUCAGUGGUCCUUUGUGGGGGCAGAAGGAUGUUAUCACAUUAUAGUGAUCAGCACAGCAGAGGCUUGUUAAAUGAAAUCCAUGCCGAGAGACCUGAUAAUCAAGGCACUUGGAGUUAUAUAAUUAUAAUUCAGUUUUGAGCUAAACUGUCGUUCAUAUUCUUUUUACAUGACCUUGUUUGACUUUGGGUGUCUGUUAAGUGAUUAUAUUAAGUGAUUAUUUAUGUUAUAUAUGCUCAGUUUCUCUCUACCUACUGUCAAAGUAAUUAAAAUCAAUUGCAGUGUGUUCAGACCACCUUCAAAAAAAACCUUCCAAAAAUGUUUGAGUAGUAUCUCCCUUCUCUGUCUUAGUAGAUUUAUAAUAUUUAUUAUUCCUUCCGCAUAAUAAAGUUCAAGGAAAACCUCUCGGAUCCCUUUUAGCCCAAAUACUCACAGUAAAGAUGAUUUACCUCUACAAUAAUCCAGAAUGAGCAAAUACGAGGUUGCAAGGUUUUUUCUGUAAUAAAUGAAUCUUACUGACGGCGACGCGCUCGUACAUUUGUUUUUCCAAAAUACCUGUCUGCCUGUCUAAUGUUAAUUUCUCCUCUCGAAUUAAAAUAAAACCGUGAGAUCAA